UCAGUGAGCUGAGGGUGGGGAACUGCCUAUCAAGAGGCCCUCCUCCCUAGGGUUGGUGCCCAGGGUGUCAGCUUGUCCCACUGAUGGCUUCUGGGACUUGGUGUUCCCCAGCAGAGGGGUGUAGCUGGCUUGUCUCCAGUGAUGUGUGGUUCCUGGAGUGUCAGGCUAGGCCAGGGCAGCCAAAGUUCAGAAGCAGGAGCUUCUGAGCAGGAGUUUCUAGUUUUGGUGUCACCAGCCAGGCCAGUCCCUCCUGAAAUGGGGUUCUCGGGACUUCUGCUCAUCCUGGUACCACUCAUCGUCCUGGGGGAUGUUCAAGAACCUGGGCUGGUGGAGGCGUUCAUUGUUAAAAAGUGUCCCUCAAACAGAGCAAGAUGCGAAAUGAAAGAAAGAGACCAAUGUACGAAGCACAGACAGUGCCCAAAUAAGAUGAAUUGUUGCAAGUUUGCCUGUGGAAAGAAAUGCUUAAACAUCAAACAAGACGUGUGCAGUUUGCCAAAGAAGAUUGGCCCCUGCCUGGCCUACCUUCCACGCUGGUGGUAUGAUAAGGAAAAGAAGGUUUGCUCCAGAUUCAUCUAUGGCGGUUGCCAGGGGAACAAUAACAACUUCCAGUCUGAAAAUGUCUGCAAGGAUAUCUGCCCCCAAAAAGAGACAUCUAGCUGGCUGGGAUGA